CUCAACGCAACCGAAAACGGUACUCGAGUGACAGUCGUCGACCGGUCAACACGCGUUUCUUCAGUGUGCUCUGUGAAAUUUUCUGAUUCCGGAUCCUAAAUCCUAGUGAAAGUUUUAUUGAACUUGUUCAGUGUUCUAUCGUUCCAAACUCGCUGCAAAAUGGUGUACAUUGUUAAGGAUGCUGCUGACUUCGACAGCAAGCUGGAAUCUGCCGGCGACAAGCUCGUCGUGGUGGACUUUUUCGCCACCUGGUGCGGCCCCUGCAAGGUGAUUGCCCCCAAGCUGGAGGAAUUCCAGAACAAGUACGCCGAGAAGGUGCUCAUCAUCAAGGUCGACGUGGACGAGUGCGAAGAUCUGGCCGCCAAGUACGAAAUCUCCAGUAUGCCCACCUUCCUGUUCAUCAAGGGCAAGAAAGUCGUGUACCAGUUCUCCGGUGCCAACGACCAGAAGCUGGAGAUGUACAUCUUGAAGCACGCCUAGUAAGCGCUUGGGCCAACGUUCACCCGUUCGUAUUUAAUGCAUUACAUUUAAAGCAAAAAGAGCACAUACACGAAUAGGCCUUCUUAGGAACAAAAUAUAAACUUGUUAGGCAUCCGAGACGAUUUAGCUCAGGUAAGAGAGUGUAAUCUGAUUUUGUUAUUUUUCGCAUUAGUUAACGCUCGAAGAUUCUUUGGAAACUGUAGUAUGUUGUCUCACGCUUUUCAAAUUACCACGAACCAGUGCGUGUUUGUCAUCUUCUCUGUUACCACACGUGAUGUUUGAUAAGCUUGCGGUUAUGAUUGAUUUUAACCAAUUUGUGAAGAGAUAUAAAUCAUCACCGCGCCUGCUUGCGGGCGUGUUAUAUUGUAAUUGUACUACAUACUGUGCAGUUAGAAAAACGCUUUAUACCGAAUAGAGAUUGAUGCCGUUAGAAUCGUGAAGGAAAUAAACUGCAAUUCCGUGUCGAAAUGUGGAA